AUGCAUCUGGCAGCAUCUGGCAGCACCCGGAGCAGGAGCUCCACCGUGGGCUUGGCCCAGAAACGGUUCUCGCUGAUCCUGGCACUGACCAAAGUCCUUCUCUGGCUGCCAAUGAUGAUACACAUGGCUGUCCAGUACAUCACUGGGCUGCAGAGCCUCUCCUUUGAGGCCCUGAGCUUCCUGCUGACGGUGCUGGCUGCUGCAGUCACCCCGGUGUUUGUGCUGUCCCAGCACUGGCUCCACCUGCCCUGCGGCUGCAUCAUCAACUGCAGGAGCAGCUCCCAUGCAGGGUCCUCACCAGGGGCCAAAAGCAAGCGUGGUGGUUUUGAGUUCAACCUGUCGUUCCAGCAGGGCUGUGGCAUCUACAGGAUAUCCCUGGAGAGCCCUCCCCAUGCCAGCAGGGAUGGCAAACCCUCGUCCUACCCCAGCCUGGUGGGCUCUGCCUGCGGGGAGCCGGGCAGAGGCAGGGACAGCUUGGGACAGACAGGGACAGGGGCACUGGGACACGGCCCCUCGGGCACCAGGGCUGGCACAGCGCCCUGCCAGGGCAGCAGGGCUGGCACAGGGCCCUGCCAGGACCAGGACCAGCAAGCCACCAGCCCUGGCCCAUUCCCUGAAGGACCAGAGUGGAGGCUGUGCCACCAGGAGAGCCCCACGCCUGAGCUCUCGGACUGGGAGUGGUGCCGGAGCAGAUCCGAGAGGAACCCUCGGCAGCGCACGGGCGCAGCCCUGGCCGUGCCCCUCUGUGCCUUCCAGGGCACCGUGUCCCUGCAGGCUCCCGGCGGCAAAACGCUCUCGCUGUCCACGUACGAGGUGAGCUCGGAGGGGCAGAAGAUCGCGCCCACGGCCAAGAGGAUCGAGGUGUACCGCUCCAAGAGCGUCGGGCACGAGCCCAGCCCGGGCGAGCCCGGCUUCGCGGACACGAGCGUGAAGAUUCACCUGGAGGUGCUGGAGAUCUGCGACGCCCCCGAGGCGCUGGACACCGUGUCCAUCGUCAGCAGCAUCAGCCAGUCCUCGGCGCACGCCCGCUCGCCCUCGCUGCGCUACUCCCGCAAGGAGAACCGGUUCGUGAGCUGCGAGCUGGGCGAAAGCGCCUCCUACUCGCUGCUGGUGCCGUCCAACAGCGACUUCAGCAUCUCCAUCCCCGACACCGUGGAGGCGCACCGCCGCAACAGCCAGCAGCAGGGCUCGGCCCGGCCGGGGUACCAGGAGGAGAUACAGCUGCUGAACAGAGCCUACCGAGAGCGGGAGGGCAGCAGCUAAAAGAAUGUUUAAUCUACGCGCCCCGGCUGCUGUGACACAGUGCUGCUGUCUGUCAGUUACCCCAGCAAAUACGGUAUCUGCUGGUUUUGUCCUAUCAUGCAAAUUUUGUUUAGGUGCACUGUUGAAUCAAUUCGAACUCUUAAUGCUGUAUCAAGGGGAUAACAAAUACUCAAGUGCUUUACAGCUUUCCAUAGUGGAUUUUAAGUCAUUUAUUUAUAUACCUAUUUAUUUGAGGCACACGUGUGUCUAAAUGGAAUCCUAAAUAAAAUCUUAAACCAGUUUUGGU